AUGUAUUCGAAUAUCAAAACUAUCCGAAACACCUUGAGCAACUUGUUGCUCCUCACUCUCCUUACAUUGACUUUCAUCAACUGUUCCUCAAUGCAAACCAAUCUCUUUCCCUCCAAUUCUAGAGCAAUCAACGUUGCUGGUGGCACAUCAGUGUCAUCUGCCAAUGAAUUUCCACAUAUGGUCAGCAUUCAAUACUACUCGAGCUCAUCAGUUGCCACAGGAAUCCACUUCUGUGCAGGAACCAUCAUAUCCCCUCUCCACAUUGUCACUGCUUCUCACUGUGAUAUUGGUGUCACUUUAGAUAAAUUGAGAAUUAUUGCUGGGAAUUCGAAUAAUCAAUGCACCGCUAGUUCAACAUCAUGCACGAUUCGUACAGUUACCAAAUUCACAAAGCAUCCAAAUUAUGACAGUUCUACCAUUAAGAAUGAUAUUGCAAUCAUUGAAUUGGAUCAACCAAUUCCAUUGGACGGAGUUAGAGCAGUUGCCGCCAAAAUUGAGAAUUUGACAUUGGAUCAAUUUCUUUCAUCUAGUUCUAGCUCAAUGGUAAAUAUUGCUGGUUGGGGAAGAACUACAACUCAAUCAAGCGUUCAAGUGAUUCAGAAGGCUAUGGUUCCAAUUUCGCCAGUUUCAGUUUGUAACGCCAAAAAUUUGGGAGUUUCGUCUCCAAAUCAAAUAUGUGCUGGUAAUGGAAAUGGUAUUGAUACUUGUGGUGGUGAUAGUGGUGGUCCACUUUUCAGAGUUAUUGCUGCAGGAACUGUCAAUAACAAUUUACCAAUCUUUGUCUUGACAGGUGUCGUUUCUUAUGGACCUCCAGGAUGUGGUGGAUCAAAUGUUGGUGCCUACACAAAUGCAACUCAAUAUAUCUCAUUUAUAAGAGAACAAGUUGGUUCCUCAUAUACAGUUGAAAAGUACGGAGAUAGUUCAAAGCCAAUUAUUACUCCAACUCCUGUGCCAUCUCCUUCUCCAGUCGUUCCUGUUCCUUCUAAUAAUGGUAAUAAUCAAUCUUGUAAAUGCAAGUGGUAUUGUAAGAAGGUUAGACAAAUGAGGGAAAUGAGAUUGAGAGGUGGAAUGAAUGUUGAUGAGAGUCAAUUUAUGAAAUGGAUAAAGUUAAAUCCAUUCAAUAAAAUGUAA